AUGGACACCCUGGCCAAAAUCCUCCCGCCCCCGCUCCGCCUCGUCAAGACCAACCACGUCUACCUCACAAACUCCACCACCAAGGACGACCGAGAACAGGGCCUCAACUGCCGCUGCCUCAAUUUCCUUCGCCGCGCCGGCAACCUCAUCCACGCACACCGCGACGUCCGCGAUGUCAUCAUCUCCAGCUUUUACUACAUGCACAGCUACAACGCCGCCCUCGUCAGGGGCCUCACCAUGGAGCAGUACCUCGCCAACAAAAACGGCGUCCGCAACCACAUCAUCGCCAAAUGGGUUAACACCACCACCCCCUUCUUCGCCCAGCCAGACAUCCUCCACCUUUACUUCACCGACACCGUUUCGGGCUUCGCCCACGUCCAUGACAAGCUCUCCGCUUUCCUAGGCUACGACCACUCGAAACCCCUCCGCAUGGACCCGCGCAAACUCAAGUCCGCUAGCUCCGCCGUUUUUCGCACAGGCGGAAAGGGCGACCAUGGCUACAAGAUGGAGAUGUCCAGCGGAAUGCAAAGCGGCAUUUUGCAAAUUGCCCGUGAUAUGGAGCAUUGGAAAAGAGAUAAUAUGGUCCACUGCCCGCCGCAUGCUUCCCUACUGGAGAAGAUGCGAGAAGAGUUGCGCGAUCGCCUAGAGGAUUCGUUUUGGGUCGGAGAUGAAAAGGGGCACGGCAUGUUCGUCCCGGCGUAUUGCCCGAAAAUUAUGAAGACUGGAAAGGUCGUCGAGCUUCAUCAUCCUUCAUAAGAGCCCGUGUGACGGGCCGUGUGAAGAUCCAAACUGAACAUUUGCCAAUCUAACACAGUCAUUACAAUCGCCUUCUGACAACGGACAUACCUUUUCAACUCCCUCGCAUCCUCUGCGUUUUAUCGGUGCGGCCGUAUUCCACUGUAUUCUUUUUGCGACAAAAGUGUGAGCUGAGGCGACGCCAUAGCGAGGAAGAAAACUGGUACCGUAGGGCUGCGGAAUUGCAUCAGGAGCGGGGAUUGAACGGGGUACGGUAGCGGCAAUUUAUCGUGUCACCGUGUUUGAGGCAUUUCCUACUAACUGCCGUGGCGAAAUGAGGGCUUUAUACUAGUCUGCGCUUCGUUUGUAGACGGCUGGCCUUGAGAAUGACGACGCCUACAGUUCGGAUACAUAAAAUGGGACAGAUCCGAA